GUCUCGCGCGUUACUCGUCCUAUGUGCACCGUGAGUCUCGCUACUUAACGGGCAGUGCGGCGAGUGCAGAGAUCCAAUAGGCAGAUCCGGUGUCCGGUACAGUCCGCCUAUGCGACCUUUCGGGCUUUGACUGCUCGCGCUGAACGGACAGCCGACGAGGGAGCGAACGGUUACGCGCGCAGGACUCGCUCGGACGCGUGCGAUGGAGAGCCAACCGCAACAAAUAAUGCAUUUUUAAAAAACAGCAUUUUCGUGCUUUUCUUUAGUGAACCGUACGCUGUUUAACUCGUUUGAAAACCGAGUUCUCCCAUCUGGGCAUCGAGCACACGGGGCUGCUGAGGCAGGGAGGCAGUUGUUCGAGUCGCAGGUCGAGGUAUAAGCGGAGCGUGCUGGUGCAAGCGAACUGCUAAUCAUGUCGUUUGUCGCUGAGUUGAGUCGAGGCGCUCUUAACGCCGGCAUGACAGAGUUUCAGGAGAAGCUGAGGCAGCAGCACGAGAACUCCAUGCACCAGGAGCUGGGGAAGCUCCUGUCAACCGCCGAGGGAGCGGAGGCUGAGAGCUCCCAGAGGGAUUUAAAGGGCUUUAAGCAGCUGUUCCACAGGUUCCUUCAAGUGAAGGGUCCAUCUGUGGACUGGGCCAAGAUCAACAGACCCCCUGAGGACUCAAUCCAGCCAUACGAGCGGAUCCGGAGCAGGGCCCUGCCCGAGGGAGUGGCGUCCAGUCUGAACAAGCUGGCGGUGGUGAAGCUGAACGGGGGCCUGGGUACCAGCAUGGGCUGCAAGGGCCCCAAGAGUCUGAUCAGCGUGCGCAGCGAGAACACCUUCCUGGACCUGACCGUGCAGCAGAUCGAGCACCUGAAUAAGACGUACAACGCUGACGUACCUCUGGUCCUGAUGAACAGCUUCAAUACGGAUGAAGACACCAAGAAGAUUCUGCAGAAAUACACCCACCACCGCGUCAAAAUAUACACCUUCAACCAGAGCAGAUAUCCACGUAUAAAUAAGGAGUCCUUGUUGCCCGUGGCUACCAGCAUGGGCCUGACCGGCGAGAACUCAGAGGCGUGGUACCCGCCCGGCCACGGAGACAUCUACGCCAGCUUCCACAACUCGGGCCUGCUGGAGCAGCUCCUGGCCCAGGGCAAGGAGUACAUCUUUGUGUCCAACAUCGACAACCUGGGCGCCACCGUGGACCUGCACAUCCUCAACCACCUGGUGAGCCAGCCCGCUGAGACACGCUGCGAGUUCGUCAUGGAGGUCACGGACAAGACACGCGCCGACGUCAAGGGAGGGACGCUGAUCGAGUACGAGGGCAAGCUCCGUCUGCUGGAGAUCGCGCAGGUGCCCAAGGCGCACGUGGACGAGUUCAAAUCCGUCACCAAGUUCAAGAUCUUCAACACCAACAACCUGUGGAUCAGCCUGCCUGCCAUUAAGAGACUACACAAGCAGAAUGCCAUGGACCUGGAGAUCAUCGUCAACCCCAAGACACUAAACGGCGGUCUGAACGUGAUCCAGCUGGAGACGGCCGUGGGCGCCGCCAUCAAGAGUUUUGACAACGCGCUAGGCAUUAACGUGCCCCGCAGCCGCUUCCUGCCCGUCAAGACCAGCUCCGACCUCCUAUUGGUCAUGUCCAACCUGUACAGGCUGGAGGCGGGCUCUCUCACCAUGAGCGAAAAGAGGGAGUUCCCCACCACACCCCACGUCAAACUGGGCAGUUCUUUCACGAAGGUGCAGGACUUUCUGCGAAGAUUUGAAAGCAUCCCAGACAUGCUGGAACUGGACCACCUCACUGUGUCUGGGGACGUCACGUUUGGCAAACAAGUUGCUUUGAAGGGCACAGUCAUAAUCAUUGCUAAUCACGGAGACCGGAUUGACAUUCCGGCCGGAGCAAUGCUGGAGAACAAGAUCGUCUCAGGAAACCUGCGCAUCCUGGACCACUGAAGCCACGACUGAAACACUGUUCACACAGACAUGUCUUUACUACCAAAUGUAUGAAUAAAUGACCUCUGGACUGUUACAAAGUGCAUACACACGCACAUAUGAUAGAGCUAUCUUAUGUUCAACUACGUUUACGCCAUUUAGCAGACACGCUUAUCCAGAGCGACUUACAAAAGUGCUUUGUCAUUUACUCUUAGAAUACAUCCUAGUACAGUACCGUAGGUUAGAGUCCAAUAUACCAAUGAGCUAGAAUACUGUAGAAAUACAGGGAUCAAUGCUGAUACCUAGAAGUACACAAUACAUGAGAUCUAUCUUAAACAAUCAUAAGUGCUUUUUAAACUUGAAUAGAAACACUAAUAAAGCACUAUGCAUUAUUUUUUAUGACCCUUUAUUUAAGCCCGAUGAAUGCUUAUAAUAAACUUGAUUAUAAUCAGCUAGUUAAAUGUUAUAUACAUAAAAUGAAAUGUGCUAGAAAAAUACCCACAAUCUUGCCCUUUGUACACAUGAAUCAAAGUAAUUGCAUAUCCAAAUUAGUCAAGGUGCACCUGCUAUGUAACAAGUGAACUAGAAUACUAGAAUACCGGGAUCAGUGCUGAUACCUAGAAGUACAUAAUACAUAAGGUCUAUCUUAAACAAUGACGGGUGUAAUAAACAGUACUAGAGUUUGAUAGACAACAUCAGUGUAAUCUGUUCUACUGGAGCUGGGGCUGUCGCACUUGACUUAGUAAUGACCCUUUACACACUGAUCCUGGAUCAGGUGUCUACUUUGUAAUGGUGCAACCAGAGCUUAUAGGGCUCAUAUCAAGGUCUGUGCUUGUAUUGUCUAUUGGGCAGUGAUAGCUUAGUGGUUAAGGUAUUUGAUUUGUAGUGGGUAGGUUGCUGGUUCAAGCCCCUCAGCAAGACCCCUGAGAACAACCUCAAUUGCUCAAGUUGUUCUCAGUCAUAAUUAUAAGUAACUUUGGAUAAAAGUGUCAGCUAAAUGUUUGAUUGGUUGGAGACAAGAAUUAAAGUGCAAUUAGCAAG